AUGUACAAGGCAGUGCUUCCAAAUGGUUAUCCCCUUGCAGUUAAGAGGCUAUACGAGUCUCAACCUUUUGAGAAACAAUUCAAAUCUGAGUUAUCAGCUCUGGCUAGAUUGAGACACAAUAACAUAAUUCCCCUCUUGGGUUACUGUAGAGAAAGGAAGGAAAUGCUUCUAGUAUACCAAUAUAUAUCGAAUGGUAACCUUUAUGGCUGGCUACAUGCUGGGAAAAACAAAGAUACGAUCUUGGAUUGGCCUUUGAGGAUUAAAAUCGCCAUUGGGUUAGCGAGAGGCCUAGCAUGCCUUCACCAUAAUUGUCAUUUCUCGGUAGUCCAUCUCAGCUUGAGUUCGAAUGCUAUCUUACUUGAUCAGAAUUUUGAGGCCAAGAUAUCAAAUUUUGGAGAGGCAAUAAUAUUGAAACCUGGAGGGCUAAUGUUUGUGAAGUCAAGUGAUGUCUAUGAUUUUGAUGGCAGUGGGGUUAGGGAGUUGGAUUUUUACAAAAAGGAUGUCUAUGAUUUUGGCAUUUUGCUUCUUGAGCUAAUUACAGGAAAGCCACCCAUUCAAAUAAAUAAUUAUUCGAACCGUUUGGAUGGGUGUUACGUUGAUUGGAUUACUUGUCUUUUGACUAGCCCUUCUUUAAUGUGCAAUUUCAUUGAUAAAUCUCUUAUUGGGUCAGGUUUUGAUAAUGAAAUCUUUCAGUUGCUCAGAAUUGCCAGUGCCUGCAUUAAGCCCUUAUCUUGUCAAAGGCCCACAACCCUUGAAUUGUACCAUGCGAUAAGCAUCCUUGGAGAGAAUUCUGGCCUCAUAAAUAAUGAUACUGAGAUAUUGAGACAAUCUGAAAUUGCUACUACCAGUACUUCAAAUGAAAUUGUUGAUGUUGAAAGUACAUAG